AUGGGUUCGGAACAUUCCACACAACUUCAGCAAGGAUCGGCUGGUGGAGCGGAUGGUGCAUUGCGUACUGGCAGUCUACAUAGACACUCGAGCACCAACCAGGGAACGUCUUCCUCUACCGGUCGUGCUGGUGGUUCCGGAUCCGGCACUGGUGGUAAGCUCCAACGCGGCAAUACGAUCGCUGUCACGGGAACAACGCCAAGCGGAACGAGCGGUACCUUAGACGACGGUUACUCCACCUCGUCCGUGACACCAUCGUCCGCAUACAUCUGUGACUCUCGCCCCGUUUCGCCACCGAUGAGCGUUUGCUCCGAUUCCGACCUGCCCUACAUAUCAUACACGGACAAACCUAUCGGCGAUUCGCCCAAGCUACGGAACAAGCAACAAUCGAAGCAGGCAAAGGCACGCCCGAACAGUGCGAUUAUUAUAAGCAGAGCUGCCCAGCAACAGCAACAGCACCACUACCAGCAACAUCUCACCCAGCAUCUGGAGGGGCGGGGUGGUGUUAGGGGUGGUCGGUCUGGAACGGGCCCCGCCGGAGGAGCACACAGCAUCGUGGUGGUGAAGUCGGCCGCUGUACGUGACGUUGGCAUCGAGAAGGACGACGAUAUCAUCCGUCUUCAGAGCGUACCGAUGUUCUUACCGGUCAUGCGUGGGACGCUAACGCUGCCGGCCAACCGCGACCCGGAAGUUCUUGAACGUCUGCAGCCCACACAUCUCAUCAACAUGUGCAGCCGGCUGCAGUCACACUUUAACACCUGCGCCAUCCACGUAUCGUCCGAGCAGCAGCAGAUAACAAACCGGAUCAAGGAGGUGGAUCAGGAGGUAUCGAGCGCACUGGCACAGUUGGUACAGAAGCAAAAGCUCUACACAUCGUACGCGGAAACGUUCUCGAAGGUGCGUCAGAUUUCCCAGCAGCUGACGCGCUGCAACGACAUACUCAAUCAAAACAUCGAGAGUAUGGAGUAUCUGAACAAUCUGCUCAGCGUGGAGGAUCGUCUCGAGCCGUUCGUGUGGAAAACCGAGUAA